AUGCCACCUCGGACAUUCGCCCUCGACCUCGGCAGCCGGUGUAGCAGUUAUGUCUGCAAGUCGUGCCUUGACAGUUUACGACCCUUGAAUACCACCUAUCGGCCAUGGCUUGCUAGACAAUCAUCAUCAAGAAGCCUCGCCCGACGAACUCCACCACCGCCUCGCGCGCCCCGGCAGGACGAGGGUGCCCCGAACCCCGCAGAGCUUCAGCGCAUCCUCACCGAGGAAUUCGAACGCGGCCCCGAACCGCCCGCCUCAGACUCUACCGGUUUAGACGUCAAGUUCUUCGACCAGGAAGCCUCCGGGCAGAUUCGGCGCCUGCGCGACGAUGACGAAUUUGGCGAGGUUGCCGGCGGCUUGGACUCCGAGAUCGAGACAGCCAUUAGCGGGCUCGAGAAGGAUAUGAUCAACACCCUCAAGAUGCUGCAGCGCAUGGAGAAACAGGGCGGGAAAAGCGGGCAGGAAAGGGCAGACGCGUUGCGACGCCAAUUCAAGAAGACGAUCCGGGUGCAGUACAAGGGGAAAAUGGGUCCAGAGGCAGAAGCAUAUGGGAUGAUGCGGAUCCUGGGCUUCAGUGGGUUGCGCCAACGGCACGUGUACAACCUAAACACCUUCCUCGCCCGAGAUAGCGUGGUCAAGGGCGGCAUCCCAAGGCCCAAGGACCUGGCAGACUGCUGGAAGUAUUACUCGGCGGCGAGGAAAAGCCUGUCGUCGGCCUGGCACAACGUGCCGCAGGAAGUGUGGAAUUUCCUGUGGAUGACUCUGUCAUGGGAAGGGGAAGGCGUUGAGAACCCCAACCGCAUGCAGCACAUUUACAUACUCGCAAGGGACAUGCAGGCUGCCGGCGUGCCUUUGCGGGAUUCGCAACAGCUUCUCGCCAUAGAAGCCAUGUUUAUUGAGGGCUGGGAGGAGGAGGCCAUCGAGGCUUGGAAGAAGGGCGUUGUCACGCUCGGGUCGCAGCCCGAGACCUUCAAAAAAUACUGGGAGCUCGGCGUCCGUAUGUACUGUUUGUACGGGGACACAGAACGGGCACAGAGAGCCGCCGACACCCUUCUUAAAUCCUCGCAACCACCCGAGCCCCGCAUUCUUCUCCCCAUCAUCCGGGCAUUGGGGGCGACAAAGUCAACCCUUGAGCAGGCCUGGGAGACGUACACACAAAUGCGCACUCUCCUUGGAGAGACCAUGACGAUCGAAGACUACGACGAGGUAAUCACCGUGUUCCUCACGUCCGACUGCGUCGAGUAUGCCCUACAGGUCUUCGUUGACAUGAUGUUCUCGCGCGCCAUCGACGUCCGAGGGAAGAUGAAGUUGCCCUUGGCAGUGGGCAACCACUUCUUCAUCGGCAAGUGGCUGAAACGGCUCAUCGGGGCAGGCGACCUGGAGGGCGCCUAUAAAGUUGUCGUGUAUGUACAGGACAAGGGGAUAACCCCGGCGCCCAUCCAACUCAACGGCCUCAUCGGCGCCUGGUUGAGGUCAGGGUCGGCUGAGAACGUUGAGAAGGCCGAGGCCCUAGCAUGGAGCAUGAUCCAGGUUCGUUUAGACUACGUCAAGUUGCGGGAGCAAGAGGGUAUCAUCAAGUUCCAUACCGUCCCCGGCCCCUCCAUUACCGAGCAAGCCGCCGUCGAGCGGCCAGAAUUCAUCUGCCGAACUCGCGCCACCGCCGAGACAUUUUCCAUCCUCGCAGAAAACUACUGCUCUCGCAGGCUUCACAGCCGCCUCCAGGAGCUCUUCGAGGUCCUCCAGCAAGCCAAGAUCGGCCCGACCAGCUUCCUCAUGAACCAGGUCAUCCGGUCCUACUCGCAAAACGGCGACGCCGCCGAGGCCGUCAACCUCUACCGCGCCAUGACCGAGGAGCAGCACAUCCGGCCCGACGGGCACACCUUCCUCACCCUCUUCAACACCCUCUCGGUCAACCGCCUCAUCCAGCGCGACCCCGACCUCGCCAAGCAGGACAUCACCACGGCGCGGGCCUUCUUCCGCGACAUGGUGCGCGCCGAGUGGACGUUCGACUCGCCCGACAUCUUCGCGCAGCUGCCGCGCACCGUGCUCUUCAGCCUGCUCAAGGCCAAGGACUUCCGCGGCAUGGUCGUGGCCGCGCGCGCCAUGCAGGCCCUCUUCGCCUUCCACCCGCCCGAGGCCCUGCUCAUCGAGAUGGCCUCGGGCGCCGGGUCGCUGCAGGUCAAGACCAAGAGCAACAUGGCGCGCCUGGUGGGCGGCCGCCGCACCAUCGAGACGCUCAUGAAGAAGCACCGCAUGGAGCUGAUCCGGCGCGGCCACCCGGGCGUCGAGAUGACCGAGGAGGAAAAGAUCGACGAGCUGCGCGACGUGCUCGAGAAGCUGAUCUUGCUUCGGGCGGGCGCCCAGAACAUGGACCCGGAAGAGGUGCGCCCGCUGCUGGAGGAGGCCGCCGAGGAGAUGGGCGUGUACGAUAUUGUUGUCAAGAAGGACGCCGACGAGAUCGCCAAGCACAGUAAGCUGGACAAGCAGAUGGCUGGGCUGGGGCUGGGGCCCAUGUAG